AACACAUAUUCACACGCUGCCCCUCCUCCUGCCUAUCACUGUAUUUCAUCAUGGUUUCCUGUGUUAAAAUAACCAUUAAUGAGUGCAACUCAUACAACUGCAACUUCAUAAACAUCAUAAAACCUAAUCGAACACGAAACUUCUAUAAAUGAGGUCACCUCUUCUGCUGGCUUGUUUCGUGGGAUUAUGUUUAUGGACUACUGUAACUUCACUGAAGAUCUGUACCUUCAACAUCCAGAGCUAUGGAGAGGCAAAGGCCAGCAACCAGCGAGUUAUGGAAAUUCUGAUCAAGAUAAUUUCACGCUGUGACCUGAGUUUGAUUCAGGAGGUUCGAGAUUCUAAAGGUGAAGCUAUAGCUGCACUGAUGAUGAACCUCAACAGAUAUGAGAGGUCUCAUAUUUACUCCCAUUUAGAGAGUAAACGAAUGGGGAGGAAAACGUAUAAAGAGCAGUAUGUGUACAUUUACAGAAAAGAUAUGCUACAGGUGCAAGAUCAAUACCAGCACCCAAAGUCAAAUGAAACCGCAGCAGAAUCGGAGGUGUUCACCAGAGAACCGUUCAUCAUACGGAUCCGUUCUCCCACAACCUUGGUGAAGAACUUUGUGCUGAUUGGUCAACAUACCUGUCCUAAAACUGCAAUGAAAGAAAUGGAUGCGCUAUACGAGGUCUUUCAAACUGUCAGGAAAAAAUGGAAAGCUGAAAAUGUAAUGUUUCUGGGAGACCUAAAUGCAGCUUGCAGCUAUGUUACCAAAAAAGGACUGAAAAAUGUUCGUAUCAGAAAUGACCCAAAGUUUCAGUGGCUGAUCAGAGACGAGCAAGACACCACAGUCCGAGAAAAGACCCACUGUGCUUAUGACAGGAUUAUUAUUCAUGGCAAAGAACUCAUUUCUGGUGUAGUUCCAGAAUCUGCUCAGCCAUUUAACUUCAAACAAGCAUUUGGUCUCUCAGAAGAAGAGGCUUUGGAAGUCAGUGAUCAUUAUCCUGUUGAGGUUGAUUUAAAACCAAAUCAUCGCUAUCUCCUGCGUCAUGAACUGUGAAAGCCUGUGAAUAUAGGAUCCUGCUUAACAAAAUAAUUUACCACACUCUACUGUAAUAUAUGAUUUAUCCAUAUACAGCCUGAUACUGUACUCACCAGCACUAAUACUUCAAACACUUUUAUAACACUCAUGAAUUAUGUUUAUAAUUAAAUGAAUUAAUUGUAUUUUUAAAUAAAAAAUUCUCAUAUUUCAACCACCAUUUGUAUUUAUGUAUUUGUUUCAAUAGAUAUAAAAUAUGUAGCCUUAAGUACUGCUUUUAUUUACUAACAAAUAUUGCAAUGCAUUAUGGGAUUGAUUAAAAUAAUCAACAAACUUUCCAUGCUUCCCAAGUC